UCCUUUCCACAUGUAUAGCUGCUCAGCCGCCGCAACGCCUUGCAUGAACGCGCUCAGUCUCGCCGUGCUGCUCUGGAGGACUCCUUCCACCUGCAGCAGUUCUUCAGGGACUCUGAUGAGCUCAAGAGCUGGAUCAACGAGAAGAUGAAGACCGCCACAGAUGAGGCUUACAAGGACCCCUCCAACCUUCAGGGCAAGGUGCAGAAACACCAGGCUUUUGAAGCUGAGCUUUCAGCCAAUCAGAGCCGCAUCGAUGCCCUGCAGAAGUCUGGCCAGGAGCUGCUUGACGGAAAGCAUUACGCCUCCACUGAGGUGGCCGACCGCAUGGAGGAGGUCGGCUCCCAGUGGAAGAAACUUCUGGAGGCCACCGAGCUCAAAGGUACUGGCUAGAGGAAAGCCUAUUAACUUGGUU